AUGGUACUUCCAGAAUCGCUCAAGUUUAUAGGAUCCACGCUAUCGUGGACAUUGAGAGCGGGCUGCUUGGCUCAUUUGAUCCACGAAUAUGUCUACGAGUUCACUGAAACACGAGGUGAGUCGAUGCUCCCUACAUUGCAAGCCCAGAACGACUACGUGCAUGCUUUUAAGAAACACAGAUUGGGGAGAGAUCUCAAUAUCGGAGACUGUAUUGUAGCCAUUAAGCCUAGCGACCCGGAGCAUAGAGUUUGCAAGAGAAUAACGGGAAUGCCUGGUGAUAUGAUAUUGGUGGAUCCCAGCUCUUCUUCCCCAUUGACCAAUUCGCACAAUGAAUGCAUAAGCAACGAUGGGUUUAACAAGUACAUACGGGUCCCGGAGGGCCACGUUUGGGUAACUGGUGACAACCUAUGCCACUCGCUAGACUCAAGGUCGUAUUCCGUGCUACCAAUGGCAUUAAUAAGAGGGAAGAUUGUAGCUGCUAACUCAUUGAACAAAGGCUUUAGAAAUCCUGAGACAGGCAAGUUCUGGUUCUGGAAUUUGAGGUGGAUAGAAAACUCUUUCGUGAGUGAAAAGAUAUAG